AGACCAUGGCUUCACUCUGACCUCCGCCUCCGCAGCCACCUGCUUGCUGCCUCCAUCCCCUCUGGCCCCUCGAGGCCCCCCGCUUCUGCCUGUGUUGUGACCCCCCCAGUCGCCGGCACGGCCCCACCUCCGCUGCCCCGGUGGUGGCCCACGGCCCCCCGGCUGCCUGUGGUCAAACUGGAGUCAUUGAAACGUUGGAAUGAAGAGAGGGGUUUGUGGUGCGAAAAGGGCGUUCAGGUAUUGCUGACCACCGUAGGUGCGUUUGCGGCCUUUGGACUCAUGACCAUCGCCAUCAGCACUGACUACUGGCUCUACACACGAGCUCUCAUCUGCAACACCACCAACCUCACCGCAGGUGAUGAUGGACCACCCCACCGUGGGGGCAGCGGCUCCUCGGAGAAGAAGGACCCUGGGGGCCUUACACACUCAGGCCUCUGGCGGAUAUGCUGCCUGGAAGGAUUGAAAAGAGGUGUCUGCGUGAAGAUCAACCACUUUCCGGAGGACACGGAUUACGACCAUGACAGCGCGGAGUACCUACUCCGAGUGGUCCGGGCCUCCAGCAUCUUCCCGAUCUUGAGCGCCAUCCUGCUGCUGCUCGGGGGCGUGUGCGUAGCUGCCUCCCGCGUCUACAAAUCCAAAAGGAACAUCAUCCUGGGCGCGGGGAUCCUGUUCGUGGCAGCAGGCCUGAGCAACAUCAUCGGGGUGAUCGUGUACAUAUCGGCCAAUGCCGGCGAGCCGGGCCCCAAGAGGGACGAGGAGAAGAAAAACCACUACUCAUACGGCUGGUCCUUCUACUUCGGCGGACUGUCCUUCAUCCUGGCCGAGGUGAUCGGCGUGCUGGCCGUCAACAUCUACAUCGAACGCAGCCGCGAGGCGCACUGCCAAUCUCGCUCGGACCUGCUCAAGGCCGGCGGCGGCGCGGGCGGCAGUGGCGGGAGCGGCCCCUCGGCCAUCCUCCGUCUGCCCAGUUACCGCUUCCGCUACCGCCGCCGCUCCCGCUCCAGCUCCCGAGGCUCCAGCGAGGCAUCGCCGUCGCGGGACGCGUCUCCCGGCGGCCCCGGGGGUCCGGGCUUCGCCUCCACGGACAUCUCCAUGUACACGCUCAGUCGCGACCCGUCCAAGGGCAGCGUGGCUGCGGGGCUGGCGGGCGCCGGGGCCGGCAGCGGCGGCGGCGGCGUGGGCGCUUACAGCGGGGCGGCCGGAGGCACUGGGGGAGGCGGGGCGGGCGCCGAGCGGGACCGCGGGGGCACAGCGGGCUUCCUUACGCUGCACAACGCCUUCCCCAAGGAGGCGGCGUCCGGCGUCACGGUCACGGUCACCGGACCGCCCGCUGCGCCCGCGCCCGCGCCGCCCGCUCCUGCAGCACCCGCGCCCGGGACCCUGUCCAAAGAGGCUGCCGCGUCCAACACCAACACGCUCAACAGGAAAACCACGCCCGUGUAGUGUUGCUCGCCUUCGCGGGGAGCCGGGGGGCGCGUCCGGGGCGCGUGCGCGGGCGCGCGUGCAACGAGGCCGCCGGAUCGGGGUGCCCCCAGCUCUAUCCCCGCGAGCGCGCUGGACACCGCUGGGCCUUCCAGCCCCUCCCCGCGCCCCUCCACACCCUCUACCCCCAUCACGCUCUGAAGCAGGGACCCUUGGGGAGGGGGACGGGACAGGAAAGGGGGUUCAGGCGUGGGAGCGCUGUGUUUUAUUUUUGUGUG